AAUGGCAUGCGUAGCCAGCGUGUUGUACGAAGUGCAGUGUUUCUAACAGGAGUUUAUUUAGCACAUGCUUGCUGGUUGUAAACAAACAAAAUGUGCUCCAAUUCCUGCGAUUGCGAAGACCUCAGCGAGGCUGAGCCAGCACCAAAUGGGGUUGCAGAGACUGAUGUGAGCAGCAACACAUGCAAGACGUGCGGGGACUCUGCUCACCUAUUACUUCGCAAAAAGGAUCCAUACUGCAAAGCGUGCUUCAUCGCGAACUGUACUCACAAGUUUCGCUCUACUCUCGGCAAAUCCAAAUUGUUGAAGCCUGGCGAAAAGGUGCUGGUUGGUUUUUCCGGCGGACCUUCGUCGGCUGCCAUGCUACAGCUCCUCCGAGACGGUUUUUCGGAAGGCGCGCACAAGAGACUCCUCUUCGAGCCGAGCCUCGUCUACAUCGACGAUUCGUCGGCAUUGGCAACACAAAGUGACGAAGUUUCGUUGCAGGAGGUCACCGAUUUAAUGAGGGAGUCCGGCUUCCCCUACUACACCUGUCGUCUUGACGCUCUAUUCUCUGCGGAACGCUUGAAUCUAGACCCGUCGACCCGUUGCACGGAGGUAACAGACAGCGAAGGGCCGCGGGCUGCCUUCACGACAGCGUACCGAUCGUUCAAAUCGUUGACCGACCGCGAGUCGUUCUACAGGUUGUGCGUGCGUCGUCUGCUUCUGAGGCUUGCCAGAGACAACGGAUUCGUCAAGGUGUUUACCGCCGAAACGGGCACGUUGCUGGCCGCCACUCUGCUCUCGACUAUCGCCCUGGGUCGGGGAGCGCAGUUGAGGGAGGAGGCUGGUUUCCUUGACGAUCGUGACCCUCAAGUGCUUCUGCUGCGCCCGAUGCGCGAGUUCAGCAGCAAGGAAAUCGCGCUGUUCAACGUGCAUCGCAACGUCCGCUUUCGCGUGCAGACUACGCCGAGCACGGGACGCGAUGCUCGCGCCAGCGUGGCCCGGCUUACGGGAGAGUUUGUGAACGGCCUGCAAGAAAACUUUCCCGCGACGGUGUCUACGGUGUGGCGCACGGGAGACAAGAUCGGGUCCCGAUCCCGCCCGCGAGCCUCACCAACAGCUUCGGGUUCGACGUCGUGUUGUCGUCUGUGUGGGUCGCCGCUUGACACGGUGGACGUCGAACCGUGUUCGGCCGUAGCGGCGCUGAAACUGACGCGUGAAAUCUCGAGACUGCGAAUGGAAGACGCGGAAGCCAGGACGUCCGAUGAGGCUGGCGUCUCGGACGUUUCCUUAGCCUUUUGUUACGCCUGCCAAGCGCUCGUCGGGCAGGGCGAUUCAAACGCGCUGUCAUUGUUCUGCGAAGCUGUCGGGACGAGUAGCAAUAGGUGACGUUUGACUUAAGAGCACGCUUUUAUUGCUUCACACAUGAUUUCAGACCUGACCAUCUUUUAAAACACUGAAGCCUUUGCACACAAGUUGUCUUUCACCGUUAUGUGUGGCCAUACAGAAACAGGUACCCACAGUGCCAGGACGUGUUUUUAUCUGCGAUGUGCAUAUGCCGACACCCGAUUUGCUAGUCUUUACAGUCGCUCAUUAGGGCUGAAAAUGAAUACAAGCACCGUUUGAGAACCCCAUGAAGAAGUACUGACCAAUAAAGUCAGGCUAAAUGAGUCUUGUUUUCAUA